CAACUCCCAGUUAUGUCGUCCCAGUCUCAACCACAACCGUCCUCGGGCUCGAAGCAGUCUGAAUCUUCGCAGCAACAACAGCAGCAGCAGCGAGUCAGGAAGCCACCGUUCGCUGACUGGCCCACGAUAAAGAUUCUGACUCCCCCGCAGGGGCGUUUCUCGCCCAAAGUCGACGAAUGGUGCCUCACUUACUGCACACAGACGGUUAGCGGGCGGAUACAUGGACGCGAAUCCAAUUGCAGGUCAAUAUGCAUUCGCAAAGUCUUUCCCCAUGAAGUUCGGAACAUCGUCUCCUUUAAACGACACUCCAACGUGGAUGCAGAAGGCAAGGCACACUAUCCCCUCCCUGCGGAAGGCCAGCCCGUCAAUCUUCCUCGACUACUUGGUGGGAAGGCCCCUGAGGAUCCUGACGAUCAGCCCUCUUCAUCCAAGUCAAGCCCCAAUACACGAAACUGGGAAGAGGGUUGGUACCUAUGGACGUCGUCGAGUCGGAGAGCGGCGUUGGAGAGGAUGCAGUUGAUGUCUUUCGAUUUGGAGAAGCAGAAUGCGUACAGACAACAGCAAGAGCAGAGAAAGGAGGUGUGGCAAGACUUCCAAGACCGGUUGAAGCAAGGUGGCGUUGACAAGGAGGAGUUGGCACAGCGGUAUGGCGGCAAGUUUUCGGGUUCAAUCUUUCCACCGCAUGUUUCCCCAGAGGACCGUGCUAAGUCGAUGUUGUUGCACAUACCGCCUGAAUGGCCAUCACUGUGGGAACGCAUUGACAAGCUGCUGGCACCGUCUCGCCAGGUGCUCUCCAUCUUCAAGGAGAGUUUGUUAUCUGGGGAACACAAGCAAUUUGCACUUCGCGUUUGGGAGAAGGCCCGCACGGAUGAGCCUUUCGUUCUUGCGCGGCGGACUCUCACCCGCACCUACGAACGGUGGAAGGAGAAGGAUGCGACGGAUGAGGAUGAUAGCAAGAAGGGCUCGACUUGAGCAACGUACACUUACUAAUUGAUACCUUGCAUUGUAUUAUUGGCACCACUCAUGGACUGGCAGACUGCAUAGUUUUCGUUUAUUGUAUCAACGGGCUAUCACAUACAUAGAUGUGCAGCAUUUGAUUGUAUAGAUAUUCUUACCCACUCUACUCUUUUCAUAAUAACGACAUUCGUUACCCAUCCA